GCUCCUUGAUUUGUCUGGAUAAAGCCGGCCAUGUGUCCCCAGGAAGCAUUAGCGCGUGCGUUGGCCCUAGCCCAGGGCGGCUCCUGCCAGCAGCAGAGGCCUUCAGGUUUGCAGCGGCAGCAGCCUCUGCGGAGAAGGAAGAGGCCAGCCGGGCCCAGGGUUCUGCAAGAUUCGCCUCCACAGAGUAUUAACAGAACUUCGAAGAGCCUUCAAAAAGAGUUAGUGAGACAAAAUUCAAGGAGAAAAAAAAAUCACACACAUAAUUGUGUUUUGGACACUGCACAUCCCACAGAGCUGAACUGGGCUGCUUCUCAUGUUUUUACCAGCAAGUGGACAAUCGGAGUUUCCAUGAAAGAUACUGUGAUUUUGAUAUCAGGUUCCAAGACUAAAAUUGACAACUCAGGGCAAGAAAUUGUAUCCUAGGAAGAACAAAAACCAAUCAGACAAAACUCUUCCUUAGGCUGGAGCUGAGCUAUGGAGAAGACUCCUCUCCUAUUUCGUUAAGGUUCUGAGGGUUCAAGUCACCUGGGGCCUGGGGCUGGCCCAGCUUCUCUCUCAAGAUAAGCUAGCCAUUGACGGUGGUGGUGAAGGAGACUUGUGGCAGUCAAUGUUAUUUGAGCAGGGUCAGCAGGCCCCGGAGCUUCCUGAGUGCACGAUGCAGAAGGCUGCUUACUAUGAGAACCCAGGACUCUUCGGAGGCUAUGGCUACAGCAAAGCUGCAGACACUUAUGGCUACGGUGCACCACAUCAGCCCUACCCACCUCCUGCCAACUCCCUGGACACCGAUUACCCGGGUUCAGCCUGCUCCAUCCAGAACUCUGCACCUCUUCGAGCCCCAGCCCACAAGGGCACUGAACUCAAUGGCAGCUGCAUGCGACCUGGCACAGGGAACGGCCAGGGUGGGGGUGGUGGCAGCCAACCUCCUGGUCUGAACUCAGAGCAGCAGUCAUCUCAACCCCCUCCUCCACCACCGACCCUGCCCCCAUCCUCACCCUCCAAUCCUGGAGGUGGGGUGCCUGCCAAGAAGACCAAGGGUGGGCCCAAUGCUUCUGGAUCCUCCGCUACCAUCGGCAAGCAGAUCUUUCCUUGGAUGAAAGAGUCCCGACAAAACUCUAAGCAGAAGAACAGCUGUACCGCUGCAGGAGAGAGCUGCGAGGACAAGAGCCCCCCGGGCCCGGCGUCCAAGCGGGUGCGCACGGCGUACACCAGCGCACAGCUGGUGGAGCUGGAGAAGGAAUUCCACUUCAACCGCUACUUGUGCCGACCCCGCCGGGUGGAGAUGGCCAACCUGCUGAACCUCACCGAGCGCCAGAUCAAGAUCUGGUUCCAGAACCGGCGCAUGAAGUACAAGAAGGAUCAGAAAGCCAAGGGCAUCCUGCACUCACCGGCCGGCCAGUCCCCGGAGCGCAGCCCACCGCUCGGCGGCGCCGCGGGCCACGUGGCCUACUCAGGCCAGCUGCCCCCGGUGCCGGGCCUGGCCUACGACGCGCCCUCGCCGCCAGCCUUCGCCAAGUCGCAGCCCAACAUGUACGGCCUGGCCGCCUACACGGCGCCGCUCAGCAGCUGCCUGCCGCAGCAGAAGCGCUACGCGGCGCCCGAGUUCGAGCCCCAUCCCAUGGCGAGCAACGGCGGCGGCUUCGGCAGCGCCAACCUGCAGGGCAGUCCGGUGUACGUGGGCGGCAACUUCGUCGACUCCAUGGCGCCCGCGUCCGGGCCGGUCUUCAACCUCGGCCACCUCUCGCACCCGUCCUCGGCCAGCGUGGACUACAGCUGCGCCGCGCAGAUCCCCGGCAACCACCACCACGGACCGUGUGACCCUCAUCCCACCUACACAGAUCUCUCAGCCCACCACUCGUCUCAGGGACGCCUGUCCGAGGCCCCCAAACUGACGCAUCUGUAGCGGCCGCCGCCGGCUGGAACUCGCGG